AUGGCUCCUGAUAACGCUGUCCACGCCGCCGAUCAACGACCGCCGAUCGAUUUUCUCUCCGACGACAUUCUCUGCUUGAUCCUUCGCGAAAUCGCAUCGGACGGCUCAAGCUUUUCGCACGCUCUGGUCUGUCGCCGAUGGUUCCUCCUCGCGCUGCGCCUGCAGUCCGCCAUCCGCCUUCCCCCCGACCGGUGUCUCUCCGCGCGUGCGCUGCUAUCCGCGUCCGCGCGCUUCCCGCACCUCACGGCGAUCUCCGCGCCUGAUCGCGCUCUCGCGUUCAUCCCCCGCCGUUUCUUCACGGAUCUUUCGGCGCAUUGUCCGGGACUGACCAGCCUUCGCCUUGGCCAAAGGAAAGUUAUCCCUAAUUCCCUCACACCCCCUAGUUUCCUCACUCCUCCUGCUAGCACAGCCUCUCCCUCAGCUACCACGGGAACCACCACGACCAAGCAAUCCGACCUCCACCGCUUGGCACUCCCCCUCUCUCUCCGCCAUCUGCACCUACAGUGCCCUUCAUUAAAGUCACUCCCGGACUCCAUCACCCUCCUCUCCUCCCUCACUCGCCUCAGCCUCGUCUCCUGCUCCUCCCUCCGUCUCCUCCCCCCCUCCAUCAGCAUUCUCUCUUCCCUCACCUCCCUCACUCUCGACAACAUCCCCCUCCUCUACUCCCUUCCUGACUCUCUCGCUUCCCUCCAACUCUCCGACCUCCCGUCCUGCACCGAAUUUCCAGACUCUAUUGGGGACCUCCACUCAUUACAAGAACUCUUCAUUAGUAACUUUGUUCAGCUACAGGAAUUGCCGUCGUCCCUCUCUGGCCUCUACUCCCUCCGCCGCCUCACCAUCACGGACUGCAAUGAUCUGAUUACGCUGCCCGAGAAUUUCGGUCAGCUUGAAAGUCUCGAGGAGCUAACCAUACAGCAAUGCCAUUUGCUGGAGCGCCUACCUGCUGCCUUCUCCUCCCUCUCCUCCCUCACCCAACUGACCAUCAACGACUGCAGCUCUCUCUCUCGCCUCCCAUCCGCGCUUGGCCUCCUCUCCUCUCUCAGAUCCCUCCAACUAUCCGACCUCGUCCUCCUCUCCUUUCUCCCCUCCUCACUCUCUCGCUUGAGCCACCUCACCCUCCUCUCUCUCCACCGUUGCGACUCUCUCUCGUGGUUUCCCCACUCUCUCUUCCACCAGCAGUCCUUGGAGCAGCUAACAAUAACCAACAUGAAGCACCCUGUUCUCUCCUCCCUCCCCCCUGACUUCGGCCACCAUUUACCCUGUUUGAAGAAGCUCCGUUUAAUGGAGUACAAUAGCAUUAUGGAGAAUCAACCGCGUCUCAAGGCGCUACCUCCCUCGCUCCCCCAGCUUGCCUCCCUUGAGUUCCUCUCCCUCACCUCCUUCUCUUGCCUCUCUUUGCUUCCAGAAGACAUUUCCUCCCUCUCUUCCCUCCACACGCUAGAAAUUAAGAACUGUUCUUCACUCACGCAUCUCCCACCCUCACUCCCCUCCCUUCCCUCCCUCACUCUCCUCCACAUUGACGACUGCCCUUUCCUCUCCUCGCUCCCCUCCUCUCUCAGUUCCCUCUCCUCCUUGCAAGAGCUUAAGAUUCAUUGCAAGAGGCUUCUGUCUCUCCCUCACUCACUCCCCCUCCUUCCCUCCUUUCGCGUUUUCCACCUCAACUCGUGCCUCUUGCUCUCCUCCCUUCCUCCGAACUUCUCCCGCUUAACCUCCCUUCACACACUCUCUAUCUCAGACUGUCCCGUGCUGCACCACCUGCCGACCUCUCUCCCGCACCUCCCCUCUCUCCACACCCUCACUCUCUCCGGCACCGGCAUCACAGAGCUGCCCUUGGAGUGUGAUUCUGUGCUGGAUGGCAGUCACUCUGACCGUGAGAAGGGACCGGUGGGAGGGGUAGAAGGAGAAGAAACAGCAGCAGCAGCAGCAGCAGCAGCAGCAGCAGCAGCAGCAGCAGCAGCAGCAGCAGCAGCAGCAGCAGCAGCAGCAGCAGCAGCAGCAGCAGCAGCAGCAGCAGCAGCAGCAGCAGCAGCAGCAGCAGCAGCAGCAGCAGCAGCAGCAGCAGCAGCAGCAGCAGCAGCAGCAGCAGCAGCAGCAGCAGCAGCAGCAGCAGCAGCAGCAGCAGCAGCAGCAGCAGCAGCAGCAGCAGCAGCAGCAGCAGCAGCAGCAGCAGCAGCAGCAGCAGCAGCAGCAGCAGCAGCAGCGGCGGCGGCAGCAGCAGCAGCAGAAGACAGGGAACAGGGGGCUAUCACAAGUGGGGCUGUCACAAGUAGCGAUGCCACGAGUAGGGAGGGUGUCAAAACUGGUUUGCCUGGAACUUUCACCACGGCACCGAUCCCCACAGCACCCAUCCCCAUAGCACCCAUCCCCACGACACCGAUCCCCCCGACACCUCUCCCCACAGCACCUCUCCCCACAGCACCCAUCCCCACUUCACCCAGCAGUGGGGUGCUGCUGCGAUCGCUGCAACACCUAGUUCUCUCCAACAAUUCCCACCUCUCCCAGUUGCCUCCCUCCCUCACCCUCCUCCUCCACCUCUCCCAUCUCACUCUGCAAUCCCUCCCCCUCCUCUCCUCCCUCCCCUCACACAUGCACCACCUGCCCUCCCUUCAGGAACUCACACUUCAAGGUUGCCAUGCCAUUUCCUCCCUCCCCCCGACGCUCCUCCUCUUCCCAUCCCUCACACACCUUGAACUGAACGCCCUCAGUUCUCUCACCUCCAUCCCUUCCCCCCUUGUCCCUACAUCCUCCUCCUUGUCUCCCAAAUCCUCUUCCCCCUGCCAGUUCGCCACUCCACCCUCCUGCUCCUCCACGUCCCCCUCGCUCCCACCUCACAAUCCCCGUUCUUUCCCCUCCACGGGCUCUCGUUUCCCGAUUCGCUCCAUUGUUCUGCGCUUCCUGAAGCUGGUCUCGCUCCCCUCGUGCCUCCCACUGUUGCCCCAUCUCACUUCUCUCCACCUGUUCGAUCUGCAACAGCUGCGCUCGAUCCCGUCCUCCUAUCACACCGAUGCUGGUGCUGCUGGUGAUGAUGAUGUUAAUUAUAAUGAUGCUGCGUCUGAUCAUGAUGUUAAUGCUGCUGCGAGCAUGGAGAGAGGGGUGGAGGGUGAUGGUGCGGAUGAGGAGAGUGACGGUUCUGAUGUGAAGAAGUGA